UGCAUGUUUGCAUAGCAACGACAGACGCCACGGGAAAGUCUAAAAUAUAAUUAGAUAUAAAUGAAAAACACCUCAUCACAUUUGAUGAUAUUAUCAUCUCCAGUUGCCUCCUUUGUAGUUGUAGUGUAAUAGUUAAUACUACUUGUACUUUUCAUUUACAUUUUAACAUUCCCCCCUGACUUUCAUAACCUCUGCCAAGAAAGUGGUGGGGGAGGUUGUUUUUGCAGUGUCUGUCAGCAAGCUUAUGCAAAAUGUUAUGAAAGUGAUAUGUACAUGGAACUUUGUGUAUUGUUUGAUCCUGUUCCAAAGAAGAGAUUGUUACAUUCUCACACCAGUUAACCCAAAGAUACUAUAAAAGCAAACUGAGCGCAUUUUAUUGAUAUGCGAAAUGUAUAAGACUAUUAACAUUAAAUAGGAUUCUGAAUGCAGUGUGUGUCAUAAUGAUUAUUUUAAUAUGAUGUUCUUCCAGAUCGGUUUUUCUUGCUGAGGUGGUUGGUGGGAGGCUGAGUCCCAGCAGAAUGGUGGUGGUCCGGUUUUUGGAAUCUGAGGCUACCCUUCAGGGGAUAAUUGGUAAAGUUCAAGAUGCCAUUGGAUGUCAUGACCCAAUGGUAUUGACUGAUGUGCAGGGGAAUGCAAUUUUGGAGUUUGAAGGCACAACUGGGUCCCAGUACUGGAAACAAAAUGCAAGAAAGAUUCUUGCUAUACAAGAACAGGCCUUCCAGGAGGUACAGGGCUCUAAAAGGAGGAGAAUGAGCCGAAAAGAUGAAGAUGCUGCUGGAAUUGGAGAUGUCACUGAGAAGAUAGAAGAGCUUGUACUGGCAUCACAGACCUUACCAGAUAUCACUGCAGCAAUCAGAGAGCUCACCAAUCUAGCUCCCAUUCAAAGAGUGAUCCUGACUCCUUCCCAGCUACAGACCAUCAAGCAAGGAUUCUGCUGUGUUAUUUGUAUGAAAUUCAUCGAGGAGCCAGUCUUCACAGAGUGUUGCCGGAGCAUUAUUGGCUGCAAAACAUGUGUGGUACAGUGGCAGGAGACCUCUGUGCACUGUGCAAAAUGUAGAGGGAACACUGCAAACAACACUAUGAUGAUUGAAAAUGGAUCAACUCCAAAAGUUGAAUGCCUGGUCAGUGAUGAUCCCAGCUGUUGGCUGUAA